GCCCACCUGCUCAUCCCAACCAGUUAUGGUCCCUCGCCAAAUAUACAUUGCCAAGACUUUCUAUACAGGGAGCCACCCGACCAGGAUACUCGCCUCCGCUCUUCUCUUUAUCACGCCACGCCACUCACCUCAAAGGGCGCCUGCAAGCAGAGUAGGGCAGCGGUGCUGCAGUGCCAUGCCAUACUUGGUUCAAAACAUACGAGCUAAGGGAGAUGUCCACGAUGAUCAACUCGUCCGGCCGCACGAAAGUGGGCCACCCGCGCUUGCGGUAUAUCUGACCAUGGCAUCGAAUCGACCCCAAGGAUAACACACUUCUCCGUUGUUGGAAACUAGGACUUCUUUAGUAUCUCGAUCACCAGCAUGGCAGCACUUGCACCUCUAUCCAUGAGCCAAAGAAAGGAUGACCUCCUCAAGCAUCUCAGUAUGGAUGCCGAGACGUAUUCCCUAAUGGCGAAAGAGACGGACGUAGUCUAUAAAUGGCUAACCUCGGAGAACUACCACCUCAAAGAGAACUGCAAGCGGCGGCCCCCCUACGACUGGAGCGAUAUAAAAGAGAACUCGAAGGAUGAAGCUAUGAGACGCAUCGCCCAAAGCGGCAACCCGCAUACUCAAUGGUACUGGGACCUCGCGGUCAAAACACCCGACUGCCCAAAUUGGAUAGCACGAUGGUUCCUCUAUCACAAAUUCCGUUAUCGUGACGGCAGAAAUCGAAAUCCUGGCAAGGGCUCGGGGAGUGGGAAACACCAUCACUCUCAUCGCCAUAGGAGUAGCUCAAGACAUCAUCAUAAGCAUCGAUCCGAAGAGCAUGAGCAGUACUACGAUGAGCCAGAGGAAUAUUAUCCCGAGGAAUCAAUGACUUCAGACUACCAACCCAAGCCACAAUUCCCCUCCACGUCAAUGCAAGCAAGGGUAUAAGUCAAGUUCUCCACUGACCUUUUCAUAGCCCCAGCGCCCCAAGAAUACUAUGCAGGAGGCUAUUCAGGAGGCUAUGCAGCAGCAACUCCUGCAGUGAGCAGUGGGUAUACUGCGGGGU